AGAUCCAAAUACAGCGCCAGCACCAACAAUAUAAUAAUAGCUACAGCGCCAUGGAUAGUGUGAGUUUUAAGGUUCGUGCUCAUAAUGUAACGACUAGUAAUGGCAAUAAAAAUGGUUCCUCUGCUAUGAGGAUCGCAGCUGCGCAACAAGAUGAUGAAGCCUCUGCUAAUCACCUCUCCCUCAACUGUCCCGGAUGGUUUUCUGAGUUUUCUUCCAUUUGGCCAGGGCAAGCUCACUUUUUGAAGGUUGAAAACAUUUUGUUCCAAGGCACGUCUCAGUACCAAUCUAUGCUUGUAUUUCAGUCAGCAACCUAUGGUAAAGUUUUUGUGUUGGACGGAGCUCUGCAACUCACUGAGAAAGACGAAUAUUCAUACCAAGAGAUGAUGACUCAUCUUCCUCUUUGCUCCAUCCCAAACCCAAAAAAGGUGCUGCUCAUCGGAGGUGGAGAUGGUGGCAUCCUCAGAGAAAUUUCCCGCCACUCCUCUGUCGAGCAAAUCGACAUCUGUGAAAUAGACACUAUGCUCAUUGAUGUGUAUAAAGAAUAUUUCCCAAAUGUGGCUGUCGGAUACAGGGACUCUCGAGUGAGGCUGCAUGUUACAGAUGGAACUUUGUUUCUGAAAUCUGUAGAAAGAGGCACCUACGAUGCAAUAAUAGUAGAUGCCUUCGACCCAUUAAGGGCUGAUCAUGAGCUAUUCGAAUCAGAGUUUUUUGAAGUGGCAUCAAGAGCUUUACGUGGAGGAGGAGUUGUGUGCAUCCAAGCAGAGAGCUUAUGGUGUGGCUCUCUGGACAUCGCCGAGCUUUUCUCCAGAUGCCGCCAAAUCUUCAAAGGCUCCAUCGAUUAUGCUUGGACCACUGUUCCUGCUUAUCCAAGUGGGGUCAUUGGGUUCCUGCUUUGUUCCACAGAAGGCCCAUACGUGGACUUCAGAUGUCCCGUAAAUCCCAUAGAUCCACACAACUAUGGCAUAUCGAAGCAACCCUUGAAGUUCUACAACUCUGAGCUUCAUGCUGCUGCCUUUUGCUUACCAUCCUUUGCGAGGAAGGUCACCAGCAUAAAGCCCAAGAACAGUACUUGAAUGGAGCUGAUGUUAAUCAAGAAAGAGAUAAUACUUGUCAACAGCAAUUAAUUAAUAUGCCGACCAUCCCUAUUGAUGCCCCCCAACUUAUGCAAAUUCCGACAAUAAUCUUCGUCAAAUGAGACGUCGUCGAUAUGUCUGAGAUUUUUGAGAAAUUUUGAACUUUUGCUGUCCCCCCAAAAAUGUGUGUUUUGCCUUCAAAUACACAACUGUUUCUCGCACUAAAUUUAUUACUUGGAUCCAUACAAUUGGAAUAUUAAGCACAUCAUUUCAAUGAAUAUUGAUCAA